AUGGUUAAUGACCAAAGAGAAGUUGCAGCUCAAAGGAAAAUGGCUAAAAAGGAUUAUGCUCGUCUUAUAAUUGGAGCCAAUUCACAACAAAAUAGUGUAAUAACAAAAAGAGUAGGAGUGGAUAAAAUUAUGUCUAAUAAUGAGAUGGCUAUGCAAAUAGUUGAAUUAACUAAACAAGUUAGGAUACUUGCUUCAACUAAGAUUGUACAAAGUAAUGAGAGAAAUAAUGAUCAUAACCCACCACAAAUACUGAGUAACCAAAACCAGCCCCGGUAUCAGAAUCAAGAGCCUCAAUACCCAAGGAAUCAAAACUCUCCAUUCUCAAAUCAAGGACAAGCCCCUCAAAGAAAACCAAGUUUGGAGGAAACACUCCAAUCUGUUAUGACAGCUACCCAUGAUAGAAUGGAGAGAAAUGAGAAGAAAACUGAUUCCAAAGAAGCUUCAAUGAAGCGAUUGGAAACUCAAAUUGGGCAAAUUGCUGAAGCUGCAGCUGAGCCUUAUAAGCCUCCUAUUCCAUUCCCACAUAGAUUGAAAGAAAGCAAACAGGAUAAGCAAUUUUCUAAAAUUUUUGAUAUGUUUUUUAAAGUUAACAUUAAUUUACCUUUGAUAGAUGUAAUUAGGAAUAUGCCAACAUAUGCUAAAUUCUUUAAGGAACUUAAUUCCAAUAAGAGGAGAUAUAGGAAGAAUGAAAAAGUUAUAGUAUCUGAAACAGUAAGUGCAGUUCUCCAACAACAAUUACCUCCAAAAAUGAAAGACCCUGGGAGCUUUACUGUUAAUAUUACAAUGGGAGAUAAAAAGAUUGCUAAAGCCAUGUUAGAUUUGGGAGCAAACACCGAUUUGAUGCCAUAUUCAACAUAUGCACAACUUGGCUUUGGAGAAUUGAAGCCAACUACCAUGUCUCUGCAAGUGGCUGAUAGGUCGAUUAAGUAUCCAAGAGGCAUAAUGGAAGAUUUGCUUAUUCAAGUAGGAAAACUGAUAAUCCCUGUUGACUUCGUGGUUCUUGACAUGGAAAGUACAUCAGCAAGGGAUAAGGAGCAAGCAUUCCUCCUUGCUAGACCUUUCAUGGCAACUACCAAGACAAUUAUUGGUGCAGAAUGGGAAGCUGACUAUGACAGUCUUGAGAGAGACUGUAGAAUUUAA